GUUCUCAUCACCUCAGCUUCAGCCGUAAAUAAUGGCACCGCUCCUUGAUUCUACACUGGAUGCCGAAGCAGGUCACGAUGCCAGACACGUUACUACCAUCAAGCCACGGUUUCUCAUCAUUGGCGCCGGAUCGAGAGGUACCGCGUAUGCUGCUGCAAUCCUACGCUCAAACCUAGGCACUGUGGCUGCGAUUGCUGAGCCCGUCGACUUCAAGCGCCAGCAGUUCUUAGACAAGUUCAUCUGGAGUCGUAAUGAGGCUCAGCCAGGCCAACACUUCAGUGACUGGAACGACUUCGUUUGCUUUGAACUACAGCGACGGAAACAUGCAACAGCGGGUCACGUAGGGGUCUCAACCGGCGUCGACGGCGUAUUUGUGUGUGUGAAGGACGAUCUGCAUGCCCAAGCCGUGACAGCUUUGGCACCGCUAGGCCUGCACAUCAUGUGUGAGAAGCCGUUAGCGACCACACUUGCAGAUUGUCUAUCCAUUCAAAGAACGCUCUCGCAAUAUCCGCCUCGCAUCUUUGCGAUCGGGCACGUGUUGAGGUACAGUCCGCACAACAUGCUGCUAAGGCAUCUACUCCUCCAGCAGCGAGUGAUUGGCGAUGUUCUUAGCAUGGAGCACACAGAGCCAGUUGGAUGGUGGCACUUCUCUCACUCUUAUGUUCGGGGCCAGUGGAGAAGAGAGAACAUAAGUGCGCCCAGUCUUCUCACGAAGAGUUGUCACGAUAUUGACUUCAUCCUAUGGAUGCUUUCUUCUCCGCCAUCAGAUGCUACUGAGAUGCCUCAUCUUCCGACUAACGUUAGUAGCACAGGCAGUUUGAAACAAUUCCGCCGUGUCAUGAAGCCGAAGACGGCAGGCAGCGCGACCAAUUGUCUUUCCUGUUCACUCAGCGAGACUUGCAUGUACAGUGCCAAGCGUAUAUACUACGAUAGCCAGCUCGCCAAAGGUAACGCAAAGUGGCCGGUCGAGAUUGUCAAUCCACAAGUGCCUCAUAUCCUUGAAACCCGGGGCGCACUGGCAGCAAAGGCAGCACUGUUCGCUACGCUGGCUGAAGACUACGAUGAAACCGUUCUGUCUGCCCCAGACAUUGAAAGCAGACCUUGGUAUGGCCGCUGCGUCUGGGAGAGUGACAAUGACGUGUGUGACGAUCAAAUAGUGACGUUCACUUGGGACGAUGCUCUUGUUACUGGGAAGGGAGCAAAGACAGCUACAUUCCAUAUGAUAGCCCAGACACUCGCGCAAUGUGAGCGUCGCGGAAGGAUUUACGGCACAGAGGGUGAGAUCAGCUACGACUCGAAAUCAAUCACCGUGCAUGACUUCACCAACGACCACACCGAAGUGUAUAAUCCGGAAGUACCUGCCAAUAGCCAUCACGGCGGCGGAGAUGAUGGCCUCACGGAGAUGUUCGUGAGAGCCGUAACCGCUGUGGAUAGCGGUAAGAUGACCGUUAAACAGGCGCAAAGAGAGUUUAUGGGCUGUACGCUUGAAGAGUGCGUGAGAAGCCACGCGGCUGUCUUCGCCGCCGACGAGGCGAGAAGGGAAAGGAAAGUGGUAGACUGGCACGAGUGGUGGACGACAAACGUCGACCAGAACCUUCAGACACCCGGAAAUGGCGCCUGUCGAUAACGCCCUUUCGCCGCGCUCAUACCAGCAACUUCUUCCCAG